UUUUUCUUCGACUGGCAUAGCAGGGUAUGAGUUCCCUUUUCUCAGUCUCUCUCUCUCUUUCUCUCUCUGCGCAACAAUGGCGGAACGUCUGAUUCUAAACUCUUCACAGCGUCGUUUCGACUCACUCACUUGAAGGUUCUCCUUCUUCGUGUUCAAGAACGGGUUAUCUUUGAUUACUGAUUAUAUUGAAUCUCACCGGAGACAAGGCUGGUAUAGUUAGUUAGCCAAAAAUAUAAGAAAUAGGAAAGCAAUCUGGAUAUUGCACCUUUCUAGAGGAAAACAAUGACUGAAAGUGUCAAGAAACGCAAUUCUAAGUGGGAUUUGGUAGUGGAAACUGAUGUCCCUGCUGAAAGCGGACAUGGAAAUAUUUGUCCUGAUAAAGCAGGCGAGCCCAUUUGUAAUAAAGAAUCAAGCCCAGGAUGGAAUUCUCUGAAGGUUGCUGUUAGUCAACAUCCAAGGUGGUCUAACAUGGAGUUGAACAAAAUUGGGAAGCAUUUACCUGCAAGAAGAGAUGCAGAGCAGGGUGAGAGUCCAGACAGAGACACUGAUGGAAUCUCGCAAAGAAUGACAAGAUGGGGUGGGGGUCGAAGUUACAGCUCCAGCGUAUCUCCUGGCCCUGAUGCCUGGAGACACCAUGAUCAGGGUCACUCACCAAAGAGUAGUUGGAGGUCGCACAGGAGCAGGAGCAGGAGCAGGAGCAGGAGCAGGAGUAGGAGUAGGAGCAGGAGCAGAAGCAGGAGCAGGAGUAGGAGUAGGAGCCCGCUCCAUGGUUUUAAGUCGGAAUCAGAGCACUGGAGAGACAGAAGCAGAAGUGGAUCAGGAGUAUCAGCUCCGACAUGUAAUGAUUUUGCUGCAGGGAGGUGUAGGAGAGGUAGUCAGUGCAGAUAUCUUCAUCAGGACAACCGUGACUAUGGGGAUAGGGGGCAUUCAGAGCGUGGUCAAGUGGAAAGAUGGAGAGGUAGGCGUGAGAAUGGUCCAACUUCAGAAAGUGGGAAAAGCUGGGGAAGCAGGCAUGAGAGAGGAUCAUUUUCAAGGCAUUCUAAUGAUGGAGAGCUAAGAGAUUACUCCCGAGACAUAAUUGCACAUGGGUAUGGAGACAGGGAGAAGCAUGAGCUGCCCAGGAACAACAAAUCUACCAAUCCCUGUAAUGAUUUUCUGAAAGGCAACUGUUCUAGGGGUUCAUUUUGUAAAUAUGCCCAUCAUGAUGUCUUAGGUGAUGGUCAUGGUGGAUGGUCUCCAAAAGAUGUGACAAGAGAAAGGGUCCAAGACAGAAGGGAGGUACGUGAGUACGAUCAUGGACGUGAACCAUCUAGAAAUAAUGGUAUUCCUUGCAAGUUUUUUGCUUCUGGAAAUUGCAACAAGGGGACACAUUGCAGGUUCUCUCAUGAUGGUCCAGGACAUUGCAGGUCCGAAGGCAGGUCUCAGGGUGAUAGGUGGGGCCAGAAUUUGGAUAAUGACGACAAGUCAUGGGGAGGUCCAAAAUGGGGUGAUACCGCAGUGGCCCCAGAUGUUGCCAAGGAUGAUAGAUUGGGGCUCACAUUGGACAACAAAGACAAUUCAUGGGGAGGUCCAAAACAGAGUGAUACAGCAACCAGCUAUGAUGUUGCGAUGGAGGAUAAGUGGGGCCAUAAUUUGGGUAAUGAACCCGAUUCAUGGGGAGGUUCAAAAUGGAGCGACACAGCAGCUGGGCCUGAUGUUGUGAAGUCUUCCCACUAUAGGACUGACAAUGGGGUUGGAAAAGUGGGUUUUAACGAACCAUGUGCUACUAAGAGGUCUACAGAUGAUCAGUGGGGCCAUAGUUCCGAUAAUGAGAAGAGACCACGGGGAGGUCCAAGAUGGAGUGACAAAGCAGCUGAACAAGAUGGGUGUGGAUCUCCACAUCGGAGUGAAAAUAAUGGUGCAACCAUUAGUGUUCCUGAAUCAAUUGGUGGUAGCAAACCACUUGUUGCUGCUGCUCCUACUGCAGCUGCUAUCAUGGAGCGACAUCCUUUCUACAUUGAUAACGUAGAACAGGGACAGGGUCCUCAAGAUCCACCAUCUCAAACUCCAAAUGGGUUCUCUUUACCCACCUGUGAACAGAACACGACUCAAGUAGUUUUACACCAACAGCAACAUUCUAAUUCAAGAGGGGAUGCUGCUAUUGCAUUCCCCUGCAGAGAGAGCAACAGUCUGCCUAUGGUUCCCAUGCCCAGGCAAAGCUUCAAUCAUGAUGGCCAGAGUGGAAGGGUUUCGGGCUUUAACCUGAUUCAGCAAAGUGGGCAAAUAGAUCCUCCACACCCUCCAAGUGGACGGACUUUGAAUCUUAGUGGGAAAACACAAUCAAUAAUCUCUGGUUCACCUUCAAAUCUACAAGGUCAAACAACUUUCCAUAUGGGUGAGCCUAUUACUAAAUCAGAAACAGUGGAUGUGAAAACAUCAAACAUAACUUCUGUAGCUCCGCUUAAUCAUAAUGUAGUGACUAGUGAGCAGGUUGCUCACAUAACUACCCUUUCAGCAUCAUUGGCUCAGAUAUUUGGAAAUGGGCGGCAGCUUCCACAAUUAUAUGCUGCUUUAAACCCCCUUAAUAAUACAGGCAUGGUCCCUUCCCAGCCAAAUGCUGCAGCACCUAGCACGACAGUUACUUUACCAUCUAAUGAUCCUAGUCAAAUCACCUGGUUUCAAAAGCCAUAUGAUCCUAUGGGUACUAGCAUUGAAUCAAGCAGGCCCAACACCAAUGACCAACCCCCAGUGUUCUCAUCAAGUCAUGUUGAACAGAAUGAAGUAACUGAACAGAUGCCUUUAAAAAGUUCUGCUCCAUCAUCUCUUAAGAAUGUCUUUUCAGAGGAAGCACUUAAGCAUGAGUCUCAUGAGUCAAAGCAGCUGGAGCCCAUUGCAGCAGGUGAGGUUGUGGAAAAGAACGAGGCAAAUGAUCAGAGAAAGAAAGAGCAGGUAAAUGGUGAUCCAGAGGACAGGGAUGUUGAAGGUCGGGUUGAUGAAGAAUGCAAAAGGAGUAAGGAUGUGAAGGGUAUGCGUUUGUUUAAGUUUGCACUGGUGGAGUUUGUCAAGGAGAUUCUAAAGCCCACAUGGAAGGAAGGACAAAUGAGCAAGGAGGCUCACAAGACCAUAGUGAAAAAAGUUGUUGAUAAAGUGACUGGUACUAUUCAAGGGGAUCAUGUCCCUCAGACACAAGAGAAAAUUGAUCAGUAUCUCUCAUAUUCUAAACCAAAGCUUACCAAACUUGUACAGGCAUAUGUGGAAAAGUACCUGAAGAGUUAAGACUCUGCUUGAAAACCUUCAUUUUAUUCGUUAUUUAUGUCAAACAUGAUAAUCUGUCAAAUCAUUGGAAACUUGUUUGUAUAUCUUGGUCUUAGCCUACUUCAAUGUAGAGGUAUGAUUUUGUAUAUCCCCAUUUUAUAUAUGUGCUCCCUGAAUUAAGUUGGCCCUCUUUUUCUGCAUGUAGAUAUUAUGCAGUGCGGACCCUUGUUGUUCAACGAAUUGUUUGGUGCUCAUCAUUUUUUUUGGGGGAUAAUUUACUUCUUUCAGUGAAUGGGAAUUCUUGUUUUUAAUC